UACAAAAUGUCUGCGCCCGUAGAAAUCAAGGCUACUGCACAGUGGACACAAUUACUGAACUAAUCUGGUUUAAAUCCCCAAUCGUAUCAAUUGAGCAUAUGCCUAUGGCAGCAAAAGAUUAUAUUUUACCAGUUAUAGUUUUAUUUCUGGCUGCCAGUGCUGGGAUAUACAUUGCAACUGGAGGAAACAAACCACAGAGCCUAGCCGAAAUGAAACAGCUGAUCGCAGAUCUACUUCCAGGCUUUCAGCAUCUUUUUCUUGAUUCUUCUGAUGGUAAAACUGAUAGCCUAGACCAAAGUUUUACUACUAUUAAACAGGGUAAAGUAUUUAGCAAAGAAGACCUCAUGAAGUAUGAUGGAAGUGAAGGGAGUAAUGGAUUGUACCUAGCUAUUUUGGGUCAUGUUUAUGAUGUGGAGAAAGGCCGCCGUCAUUAUGGACCAGGGGGCGGAUACCAUUUCUUUACAGGUAAAGAUGGAACAAGAGCAUUUAUCAGCGGUGAUUUUACAGAAAAAGGUUUGAUUGAGGACACAAAUGGGUUAUCACCAGCAGAUAUGCUUGGUAUCAAAGAAUGGUUAGAGUUUUAUGAAAAAGAUUAUGAAUUUGUUGGAUUGUUAGAAGGCCUGUAUUAUGAUGCCAAUGGUAAAGCCACACCUGCACUGCUGGAAGUGGAACAAAGAAUGAAAGUUGGGUUGCAGCAGAAAAAAAGUGAAGCUGAAGAAAGGCAGCAAUUCCCACCAUGCAAUUCUCAGUGGACAAAGAAAGCCGGGGGGAAAGUCUGGUGCACCAAAAAAAGUGGUGGCAUUAGCAGGGAUUGGGUUGGAGUACCCCGGAAGUUGUAUAAAGCAGGAUCUACAGACUUUCGCUGUGCUUGCAUAAGAAAGAGUCAGUUAAAUAACCCUCUACUACAAGAAUACGAGGACUGUGACUCUAAAUCACAUUCAUGCAGUUACCAAACCAAGUAAUAGCUGAUCUCUACUACCAGUGGGGAGCAUUUGGGGGUGGGGUGUUGGAGUGUAUGGCCUCUAAAAAGUCUUGCAUCUCCACUUUGAACAUGUUUGAAGCAAUAAAAUCAUGCUCAAGCCUCAUAUCAACUUAUUUUGUGAGCUAGUGCCUCCUUACCUAAUCAGUGAGGCCCACCCACUUCAACUUUGUGUCCCCCAUCAGCCCCCCUCCUCAAUUUCAAGACUCCUGGAUACGUCACUGUCUACUGCCUGCAAACUAAUGUAGUUAUAUAAUAAUAUGAAUGAGCACAUCUCAGGAUAAUUUUUUUGUUGCCAAAUGUCUUUCUUGAUUAAGUACCAUUGUGUUUGUUUAUUAAAAAUGCAGUAGAACCCUAUUAAGGCCAACUCAGCCAGCGUCGUACAAUGUAGCCUGAUGCAAUUUGUUGUCGCGUCAAGUCUGUGUGAGUUAAACGCUGAGGCGGUAGUUUUUCGUUGGGAUAGUCUCGCCGUAGAAUUCUGAACGUGUUUAAUAUUCUCACAACCUAAAGACGAACAUAAAGAUAAAUCACAUCGGGCUUUGUCGUCCACCGCUGUCUGAGUUGGCAUUUAUAGGGACACCUUCAAGACUAAUAUAGUGUGCCCAUGAUAGGGGUGUUUUUAAAGAGAGAUAACUAAUAAAAAACAUGAACUUGUCCCCUAUUAUACUGCUUGAAAAAAAUGACAUAAAUAGAUUCUUUAGAAUUUCAGUUUUAUUGACAUAAUAAUGAAUUACAAAAUAAUAAAAAAAUGUAAAUUGGUUAACCAAUUUCCAAUCAAUUUUGGCCUUAAGAAGUUGGUAGUUUUAACAUCAGAAAUGAUAUAAUUCCUAUGUACACAAUGAAAAUAUAAGAAAAAGAAUAUAUAAUAAUAUUAGGUAGAUGUAAUUUUUAACAAUAAUUUCAGUACAGUCAAAAUACAUUAAAAUGAUACUUAAUAUAAAUGAAUUAAAUCAACAACGCUUGUUUAUGAUUCAAGUGCUUCAGUGAAUGAUCAAAUAUUGUUGUUUUAAAAUAUUGAGCAUUUGGUUGGAUGCUCCACUAUUGGAAUGGAGUUGAAUAGCUUAGGCGAGACAUUUUUUACACCU